CAACUCUUACUCCUGAAUAUGCUAGCAAUCUUGAAUUUUCUCGUUACUAAACAAAUAAGGACUUCGUCUCCUGAAAUCACCAUGCAGAAAUUUUUUGUUUUCGCGACUUUGAUUGCUGCUGUUGCUGCUCAGAGGAUAAUUAAUGAAUACAGAGACCAGGAAAACAACAUCCCUAUCCCUUACUCCUUCAGCUACUCAGCUGACACAGAAGAUGGUGGACAAAACUCUCGUCAGGAAACAGGAGAUGGCGAUGGCCGUGUGACUGGAUCUUACACCGUGCAAGGGGAGGACGGAUUUGGCAGAGUGGUUGACUACAUUGCUGACGAAAAUGGAUUCCGAGCUACAAUUCGCACCAACGAGCCAGGCACAGCCAGCCAGAAUCCUGCUGAUGUUGAAAUGGAAUCAACUUUCAAUGGGCAAGAACCCGCUCUUCGAGCUACACCAAUUGCCAGACCUGUUGCACCAAUUGCACCAAUUGCUCCAAUAGCUCCAACUGGACGGGCAGGUGUAAGAUACGUUCUCGUUCCCAUCACUGAUCCAAGGGCUGUUGGUUAUUACUAAUUUCUAUUUAGGUUAAUUCACUCUGAACUUUCUCCUCUCUAUUUCCGAUUUUAUUUUACAAAAAUACAAUUUUUGUUUUGUGAGAACAAUAAUUAGUGUUUUCUUUUUUCCACUUGAAAACAAUACAAUGCUAAACACGAAAUUACUUCAGUUCCUUUCACUUUGCUAUGUGCAUUGUUUUGCUUCCUGUACGUACGUCUGAAUGAUUAAUCGUAAAGAACGUUGUUUUCAUUGUGAAGUGAAAGUAGAAAAUUUAUUGUUCAUCAUGAAUUUACCAUUUGGAAACGGUGCUAAUGGUUGCUGGUUAAAUCUGUGUAACUUGGUUUUUAUUUUAAUUGUUAUUCUAACUAUUGCAAUAAAAUAUGUUAGUGUUUA